CAGUCUCUAGAACCACAUUUUUGCUGUCAGUUUUAACAUCAUUUAUAUUUUUACUCUUGAUUAAAUGGUCGGUCGAAGGACUGUUUUUUUAAUAAAAAAUAUAUGAAAGUAAAUCUAUUUUAGCUCAAGAACAUUUUUUGUCCAUUUUACCCGCCUCUGCCAAGAUGUCCAUGUUCAGAGACCCAAAACGAAAUGACAGGCGAGCGAGCAUGACGUCAGAAGGACGUCGUUACGUCGUGCAGCAUGUGACAGGAAGUCGAAAAUGGCGGCUGUGGACGGGGAGUUUUAGCAGGAAGCACCCCAGUACCGUGGACGUUUUGGAUCAAGUGUGGCGCCCCGCAGAGAUCAACAUGAACCUACAACAACCCGCUCCCCUCAUUCCGCCCGUCCACCCGGAUGUGGAGAUGAAACCUCUCCCCUUCUACGACGUUCUGGACGUCCUCAUCAAGCCCUCCAGUCUGGGAGUAAGUGCUGCACAGAGGUACCACCAGGAGAAAUACUUCAUCUUUGCACUGACGCCGCAGCAGGUCCGGGAGGUUUGCAUAUCCAGGGACUUCUUACCUGGAGGCAGGAGGGACUACUUAGUUCAGAUCCAGCUGAGGUUCUGCCUGUCGGAGACCAGCUGUCCUCAGGAGGACAACUACCCUAACGGUCUGUGCAUCAAGGUCAACGGAAAGCUGUUUCCUCUGCCUGGUUUUGCCCCACCCACAAAGACUGGCGUGGAGCAGAAGAGACCGGGACGUCCUCUGAACAUCACGUCCCUCGUCAGACUGUCCUCCGCAGUGCCCAACCAGAUCUCAGUGACGUGGGCGCCUGAAAUCGGAAAGACCUAUUCCAUGUCUGUGUACCUGGUGAGGCAGCUGACUUCACCCCUCCUGCUGCAGAGGCUGAAGAUGAAGGGCAUCAGGAACCCGGACCACUCCAGAGCUCUGAUCAAAGAGAAGCUGACAGCAGAUCCUGACAGCGAGGUCGCCACCACCAGUCUGCGGGUGUCCCUCAUGUGUCCACUGGGGAAGAUGCGUCUGACGGUGCCGUGCAGGGCGGUGACGUGCUCCCACCUGCAGUGCUUUGACGCUGCCCUCUACCUGCAGAUGAAUGAGAAGAAGCCCUCCUGGAUCUGUCCUGUCUGUGACAAGAAGGCUGCGUACGAGAACCUCAUCAUCGACGGCUUGUUCCUGGAGAUCCUGAACGACUGCUCAGACGUGGACGAGAUCAAGUUCCUGGAGGGGGGAACCUGGUGCCCCAUGAGGCCAAAAAAAGAGGCGCUGAAGGUUCCCUCCCAGCCGGCUGCAAAAGCAGACUCCUUCACUCCUGUGCGGCAGCCGUCGGUGGUGGCCCCCCCUGCAGAGCCCAGCUCCACCAAGAAGGCCGACGUGAUCGACCUGACUCUGGAGAGCUCGUCCUCCUCCGACGAGGACUCGGACCCGCCUCUGAAGAAGCAGUGCGUCUUCAUCUCCAAGAACGGCGAGAUGCACGCCAAAGGGGUGUUGGCGUACCAGCCCACCGUGCGCAUGCCCAACGUGCCGACCCUGGACGCGCCCUCGUACCUCAGCUCCACCCUGACUGACUAUGCGGUGCCUUACCACCCGUCGGCUCUGGCCACCAUCCCCGCAGACAUGCAGAGUCUGGAUUUGUUUUCUUUAAUUCAAGCAGACUCCCAGCAUUACCGGCCGCAGAUGUUCCUGGGUAACCUGACGGAGAGCGUGCAGAGCUCCACCGUCUCCGCCAGCAGCUCCGCCUCCAGCAGUCUAUACAGCAGCAUCCACGCCGACGGCUCCAUCCACGAGGCUCGGGUCAUCGCAGGCGGAGGAGGGGGUGGAGGAGUGAACAGCAGCAUGUCGGAUGUCAUCUCCCUGGACUGAAAGGGGCCUGCUCUCCUGGUGGUGAGGGCUCGGAGCACGAGGACAGUGAGGCGGCGCCAUCUGAAGCCUCUGAGCGUUCACCGUGCUCCACACCGGCUGAAGGUUUUCCCUCUGGACUGUAGGGCUGUGACUCCUGAGUCACGUCAGGUUCCAUUAUUGGACGCUCCUCUCAUUCUGAGCAGAGAACAGAUGCGCCAACCUGAGGAACAGGAAGCCCCGCCCACAGUGGCCUGGACAUCAAAUGGAUGUUUGUUAGGUUAUUACACAGAAUUUGUACUUGGACUGUGAUGUGAGCCGGUUCCAGGCAGGCUGCAGACGGACAGCAGAUGGAUCCAAGUCAGACUGCAGAAGGAUCGCAGACGGAUCCAAGAAAGGCUGCAGACGGGUUGCAGACGGAUCCAAGAAAAGCUGCAGACUGACUGCAGAUCUUUGUGAAAGCAGACAUCCUCAUCAUUCAGACUAGAUGUUGAUAAACGCUCCUCAUUCCAGACGGAGGCCCGUGUGCUGAGUCAGCCUUCGGUCCCUGAUCGAGUCCCGCUGGUCCAGCAGCAGCUUCCUCAACUGUCCUCUCAGCUUCAGAGCAUCAGGCUGUGUUCUUGUUGGAGAAGACCAGCUGACUCUGAGAUGUCUGCAUCUACAUUUCCUCCUCCAUGAAGACCGCGGCAGCUGCUGCACCAGAACAUUAGAGCUCCAGAAGCUCUGUCUCAGGAACCACAAGUCCAUUGAACACCAGCUCCUGGACUCAGACUUCAGUUUUAUUUAAUUUUUUUGUCGUUCCAUGUGAUGAUUUUCAGACAGCUCCUGAGCUCCAGCACCAAGACCAGAUGUGUUCCUGCGAGCAGGUCUGACCCGUCUCCCUCUCAGGUUUCCUCUUCAGCUGCAUGUUGUGUUGUUCAGUGUUCUGAUUGUGGGUUCUCCUCCUGUUUACCUCCAAGUCCAGAGAGUGGUCAGAUGUUCCCCUUCAGCUCAGAGCUGCACGGAGGUCUGUGUAUGUUCUAGAAGUGUGUGACCAUCGUAACUGCAUCACUUCCUGUGAUCACAUGACCGAAUGAAGUCAGGCUAAAACCUGGAGCACCAGAACCAGAGGUCCGGUUUAGAGCAGAAGCCAGCUGGAGUGAAUCAUGAGCUGCUUUCACUGUCACAUGUCAUGAUGUGUUUUUCUGUUUUCAACCUCAAUAAACGGUCCAGUUAAGCUUUUCUUAA